CUACGCGUGUUAGUCUAUAUCAAAUACUAACGCAAGUACUUGCAGCCGUGAAUGUAAAGGUUUUAUAUAUUCACUUUUCCAGAAAAUACGUAGUCUAGAUCUUGUAGGCUUUUAAAAUUCACAAAAAUGGCGGGGCGACCAAGCAAGGCGCCGAUCCAAUCAACUGCGGGUGCUAUCCCCAUUAUGAAUGAUAAAGGUGAGGUAUCUAUGCAGAAAGUUAAAGUCAGCAGAUAUGUAGCAGGCAAACGCCCCGAAUAUGCACCACAAGACUUCAGUGAUGAAGAAGAUGAAAUUGAAAUCAGUAUGGCUAAGAAAGCCCAGCAGAGGAUGGAGGCAGACACAGAAGAAAUCACAGAAGCUGAGAAGGAAGACCCUAGACUCCGGAGGCUGAUGGAAAUGAAGAGGGAUGAAGAAGAGGAAGAUGAUGAUGAUGAUGCUGUUGAAGAAAGAGUUGCCCGCAGGCGUCGCGUCCAUGAGCCUGAAGUUAUAGCUGAGGACUCUGAUGAUGAGGAGGAGGAAGAAGAGGAGGAACGCCAAGAGGAGGAAAGGCGAAGGCGUGUAGAACCAAUGGAGGAGAGUGAAGAAGAAGAUGAAGAAGAAUUAGAUGAGGAGGAAAUAGAGAGAAGAAGAGCAUUAUUGCGACAAAAAGCUAGACAGAGACAAGAAGAAGAUGAAGUAAUGGAAGUUGAAGAUGAAAACAAAGAAGGGGAAAGUGAGGAAGAAUCAUCAGAAUAUGAAGAAUUCACAGACUCAGAAGAUGAGGAGACUGGGCCAAGGCUGAAACCAGUCUUUGUUAGAAAAAAAGACAGAGUUACAAUACAAGAGAAGGAAAAGGAGGAUAUAAAGUCCAGAGAGUUAGAAGCACAAGCCAAGAAAUUGGCUGAUGAACGUAAGAAAGAGGCUAGAAAGCUUGUGGAGGAGCUCACAAAACAAGAGAUGGAGGAACAGAGAGAUAUAGCUGAGGCCUGCGAUGCUGUGAACUCAGAGGAAGAAAAUGAUGAAGAAGAGUAUGAAGCUUGGAAGGUGCGAGAACUCAAGAGGAUAAAGAGAGACAGGGAUGAGAGAGAAGCACUGGAGAAAGAAAAAGUGGAGAUUGAUAGAAUCCGAAACAUGACAGAAGAGGAGAGGAAAGCAGAGCUAAAGGCCAACCCUAAGGUUAUCACAAACAAAGCUUCCAAAGGAAAAUACAAGUUCUUACAGAAGUACUAUCACAGAGGAGCAUUCUUUUUGCAUGACAAGGAGGAUGCUGUGUAUAAAAGGGACUACUCUGCUCCCACACUGGAAGAUCACUUUGAUAAGACAGUGCUGCCUAAAGUCAUGCAGGUGAAAAACUUUGGUCGCUCAGGUCGUACAAAAUAUACCCACUUGGUGGAUCAGGACACUACAGAAUUCAAUUCACCAUGGAUCUCAGACACUGCAGCUAACUUAAAAUUUCACACCACGAAAGGGGGUGGCAUGAAAGAGGUGUUUGACAGACCCUCUGCAAAGAAGAGAAGAUGAUGCAUACAAUGUAGGAUAGCUCUGGAAAGACUGAUGGAAAUACUGGAGGGACUGCUCCACAUCUGUGAACACCAUGUGUGUCUGUAGAAGCAGGCAUAUGCAUCAUAUUGAUGGUAAUCAUGGUGGGAGCUGGAUUUAAUUUUGGAUGGAACUGCAGUGUGUUCCAACUGGGAGUCAGGAUUUUACAAAUUUGAUAUGAUUCAAGUUUGGGGAAAUGGAUUUCCUAUGGCUUCAAGAGAGCUUGGCUGUGGUUCCUAAUGAACAUUGGUCAAUGAGGAGGAAAAGUCUAUUAGUAAUGCAUCUGAAUAAAGACUUUUAAAAUAGCACCAUAUUCUUGGGCAGCUUGGAGUUAACUAUGGCUGCAUUUUAGUUUCACAUGAAGAGGAAGCAAUGUUUUUGAAAACUGAUAUCUGCCUUAUGUACACUUGAGAAAAGUUUCUGGUUCAAAAUGAAGUUAACAAGACUAAUAUUCAUGUGUGCCAGAAAACAAAAUGUAUAAAGCAGAAGUAAAAUGUGAAAACUAAAUUUUUUUAAAUAAAUUUUUCAGAUAACUA